GAAUAUUCAAAUACCAAAGAUAUCAUAUUAUUCUGCCAAGCAAAAAAUAUAUCUGUCUCAACUAAAAAUAGUCCUUUAUUACUAAUAUCACCAAUGUUAAUUUCUUGUACUGAAAGAUGUUUCAAAAACCUAUUACCAGAAAGACAAAAUCUGAGAUUUAAUAACAACUCUCAAUAUAUUUCAGACCAAACACAAAAUUAUUCAAAACUUACUUCUAGUAAUAGUUUAUCAACAUCUUUUUAUUUAGGAAGUGAUUUUAUGAAAUCAAAUAAUAAUAAUUUAUCUGAUUAUGAUAGUGAAGAUCAUGAGUAUAUUGGUGAACAAAAUAUUAUAAAAUAUAAGUUAAAUAUCGAUCAAAGCAAGGAAGAAUCAUCUAUUUACAUGAAUCCCAUGUAA